CAGCAACCUUCACGUCGGAGCAAUGGCUGAAUCACAUGGACCUCCUCGUUACCUUUCGAUCACAGGACAACCUCUUGACCUGGGUAUCGAUGGCGGCUUUCUAGGCAACUGCUCGUCUAUCAGCUCCUUCGAGAGGCUGAACGCAGCAGGUGAAGGCACCUACGGCAUCGUAUCGCGCGCCCGCGACAAACGCAACGGAGCCAUUGUAGCCCUCAAGCAGGUCCGGAUCCUCGACGAAGAACGGCACUAUGGCAUACCUAUCACGGCCAUGCGAGAAAUCUCGAUCCUCCGCUCUCUGAAACACCCAAAUGUUAUCAAUGUACUCGAUGUCGCUGUGGAUGACAUGGUGCUGGAAGAUGUCCAUAUGGUCAUGGAAUUCUGCGAGCAGGAUUUGGCUCGCUUGAUUGACGUAUACAAAAUGGAAUUCACUCUGGCCGAGGUCAAGUGCAUCGCGAAGCAGUUGCUCGAGGGCCUCGAGUAUCUACAUCGCAGCAGCAUUAUUCAUAGGGAUGUCAAGCUGGAAAACCUCCUGCUUACAAGAGACGGCACGCUCAAGAUAGCUGACUUCGGGUUGGCACGGGAGUACGCCGCCCGGCCAAUGUCUCCAUGCGUCGUAACCAUUUGGUACCGAGCCCCUGAGCUGCUACUCGGAACUGAAAAUUACACGCCGUCCGUUGAUCUCUGGUCGACAGGUCUGAUCAUUGGAGAACUGAUUCUCGGCACGGCGGUGUUGCCCGGCAACUCGUCAGUAUAUCAGCUGUCACUGAUUGUGAAACUUCUCGGCAGCCCGCUCCCUGAAGACAUCCAAGCGUUCUCUGCAAUGGGUUGCCCGAAUUUGAUCAAGUGGGAAACGGAACACAUGCCUCAUGGGCGUGUGGACAAUCUCGAACGCAAAUUCGUCGACGCAACGUGGGACACAAUGCUCUUCCUCAGCGGGUUGUUGCAGUGGAAUCCUGGAGCGAGAUGGACUGCUACAGAGGCAUUGGGUAAGUCGAAGAGCGAAAUCGCUGCGGACGCCGAGGCUUGGUGGAAGAAGAGUCCUGGGGCAGCCGACAAAGCUUCAUUUGCAGCAUCGGUCGAUCGCAAGAUCAAACACGUGGACGACGGCGAUGCAACACGGAGACAGUCAAGCGAGGAAGGCGAGGGGGCGAAGAGGAAGCUCGAAGAAAACAACGACGACUAUGGCGGCUAUGUCUUCGAUUUCGGGGAGGGCGAGCCGGCGACGAAGCUACCGCCAAGAAAGCGGAGGAGCUUGAGGAGAUAAGGGACGGGCACUAGCUAAGCUUCACGGAC